ACGUGUUUCCGGUGGAUCAAUUUUUCUUCCUGGUUUGAUGUAGCGCACUGACUGUGAAUGUUAGCUUCUUCUCUGACUACUGAUCUUACAGCCAGCAGUCAGGUUUCUUGUUCAGUCAGGUCUCAGUGAUGUUAUGAAGAUGUCUGAUCACAGAAACAUCAGAGACCACAAGGAUGAUGAUGAUGAUGAUGAUGAUGUGUUAGAGCUUUCAGCCAGCGAUGAAUCUGAGCCUGAAGAAGCACCAAGAGAGGCUCCGUUUGACCCAGAGCUGGAUCACAGCGAUGAAGACGGGGAGGUGAUGACCUCUGUUUCACCUUCUGCUCCCGCAGCGCAGAGUUCUUUCAGCCUGAGCGGAGCGAGUUCAGGCUUCUCAUUCCGCAGCCGCAGCAUCUUUGACUGCCUGGACAGUGUAGAGAAGCGCUCUGUCACUCCGCGGAACCAAGGGAACUCAGCAGAAAGCAGGAAGACGAGCCACCCUCCUUCCACUUCUCCCAUACCACAGAAGAAGAGAGGAGUCCCAGACUAUCUGGUGCACCCCGAGCGAUGGACACGCUACAGCCUGGAGGACGUAGCGGAGAGCAGCGAUCAAGAUAACAGGAGAGCAGCUCACCAGUUCCUGUCUGGUCUGCACCAGGAGGCAAAAAGUGAUCCUCGCUGUGACGUCCAGGAGAGGAUGCUCUUCUCCAGACCAAAGCGGCUCUCAAAAGAGCAGGUGGCUGUGCAGCUGCCACCUGAUCUGCAGGAAAAGGAGAAGGAGUUACAGCUGAGUCACCUGGCUGAUGAGGAUGAGGGUAAUGAAGGCAGAGAAAGAGCGGAGGUAAGAGAUACAACAGAAAAAUCAAAACAAGGAAAGAAAAAUAAAGAGAAAAGCAUGGGUGAACCUGUUGCUCUGGAAGAGGAGAAGAAGUUAGGUGAGUCCAAAGUUAACUUCACCUCCUUCAGGAAGACCACAGCAAAGAACUACAGAAGAAAUUCUGGAGAAAAAGAAGACUGACUUCUGAAUGGAUGCAAUACUAAAUGAUUUCUGACCUGUCAGACAGCAGUACUCCUUCUGAACAGAACUUCCAUUUCAUCCAUUCAUUUUUUUGGGUGGGACACGCAUGAUGGAUUCAUGAGAUGAUUUUACAUUAUUUAGAGGAAAACUAAGAAUACUCAUUUCUUGUUUUUCCAAAUGAAGUAAAGCGUUAAGAAACGUCAUUGUUUUAAGCUUCUGUAAGUGGUGUAGAGUAAUUAUACCAGAUUUGACCUGUCCUUGUCCUAGUCCUAGUACUUAGAAAAAAGAUUAAAAAUGUUCUUUUUGUUUUUGUUUUUUUUUCAAAGUAGAAUAAAAGUUCCAUACUCCCCAAGCUGUGUUUUAAAAAGAAAAUCUGUUUAGUGUACAACAACUCAAUUCUCAAAUGGAAUGUUAGGAAUCAGGUAUCAACACCAGAACUGCUGCCAGAUGUAGUUUACAGCCAUGUUGUCUCAAAGGUUUUACAAAUCAUUCACAUCUUUGAGCUUUUCUCCCGCAGAUUGCCCAGAAUGCUUCCAGUGAAAAUGUUUGAGAGGCUUCUUCAGUGCUCAGUUAACUGAGAGUUAUCAGCGUAUCAUCAGUGUAACUAGGCAACUCAAGAACUACUUCAUUUUUACUUCAAAACUAGAGUCUUAAUUUUACAAGAUGAAGUUAUGCUAACAGUCCUUCUCAGACAGGUUACCUCAGUAUUACAAAGUCGUAAGUGAGUUCUCUGAUUCUUCCUGCAGCAAUAGUGGCAAAACAGGUUUGGUUAUUACUGGUGUUACAAGGCAUUUGUUUAAUGAACUCCCUCUCCUGGGGCAGACGGAUGCCUCACACUCAGGGUGUGCUGCUCUCAUCACCUGCCUUUUAAAUGUUCACCUGAUACUCCACCAAAACGCUUGCAGAGAUACAGAUGUGAGUGUGAAGACAGACAUACCUGGCUGUACAGCAUCAGUGAGGAUGAAUACAAGAUGAAUUUUAAAAUGGAUCAGGAGACAAACUUGCAGAAGAUGGCGGCAUCAGUGUCAUAGUUCUUCAUCCCCCAGUCAUCCACUGAGGCUGAUAUGAUGAAACAUGUUAUGAUUGAGUCAGUUUUGUGUUACUGAGUUUUCAAUAAGAUUGAAAAGUUCAUUUAAUUCAGUAAAUGCAUCACUAGGUGAAGCACAUUAGAUAGAUCAAGUAUACACAGACUGUUUUCCAGCUUUUAUUCCUGUUAAUGGUGUUUUAUUUUGUUUAUGGCUAAUGAAAACAUAUUUAAAAGUUAGACCAAAAAUGUUUUCUUACAGAAAUGUGGGCUUAAUUCAAAAUAUGUUUAAUACCUGUUGUUCUUUACUCAAACAAGAUUCAUGGAAAUUCUUUUUUUUUUUUAGUUUAAUGAAUAUGACAGGUACUUCUAAAAAAAAACAAAGGAGUGAUGUACGUGUCUCUAAUUUGGUUGUUGCAGGCCCAACAAACUGAACAAAUAUAGCCUGACAGCCUGAUAUUUCUAUUUAAAAUAUCCUUUUUUAUUUAAACGUUAUGUAAUGUUAUAUUAUUUUCAAUUAGGGGUUUUUGUAAUGUAUGAGUUAUAUUCAUCAAAAUGACAAGAAAUAAAGCCUUUAAACAUUUUAAUGUAUGAAUAAUGGAACGCUUUCUGAAAUGAGUGACAAAAUGACUGAAACAAACAAAAAAAAAACAAUAUAUUCUAAUUUCUAGAGAUACAAGUCUGUUUCAAAUUCAGCACUGAGAUGGAAUGAUACCAAAAACGAGGUUCUAGACCAAUCACUGCUGAUUCUAAAGCAAAGUCUCAGUGCUUCAUGUAGUCUAAAAGGUGACUGGACGGCACAAGAGAAGCCAUUUUUUCCAGAAACUUUAAAUAUUCUAUGCCAGAUCUUUCAGAAUAGGUUUGGUCUUGUAAUUAUUGAUCAGUCUACAUUAAUUUUAUUCAAAAGUGGUUUGAUCACUGCAGUUUUCAGGGCAGCUGGGAAAAAAAUCCACAAAGGAAGGUAAAUAUUUACUAUCUGCAAUCUGGGCAACAAAGUUGAGAAAAAUAGUGUGUAAGAAACUUAUUGUGGUAAUUUAUUUUGAUUCUACUGUUACAAAGAAUCUCCUAUAGAAGGGGAACUUUGUUCAGGUUUUCCUUACUUGUGUGUUUUAAUGUCCCUGUUCAUUUUUUAAUGUCUAUGAGAAAAGUUAACAUUUUCAUGUAAAAAUCCAGACAAAGGUUUCAAUAAUAAAGUAGUUACAUCAUCUAUAGGGUGAAGAGGAGUUAAGUGUCAGAAUAACAGCUGUGGUCCACAAUGUAUCAGUUUCUGUCUAAUGUUUGCAUAUCACUAGGACUCCUAUCACUUCCCUUUUCCUUAUUUGUUGAAUUUAUUGCAGAAGCUGUAAAAGGGAGGGAUAUUCUGCUCUUGACAGUCCAGGAUCUGCCUCAGUGUAAACAUUUGCUGAAAGAGCUUUUAAAGUGACAUAUUUGCUUUAUACUGUAACUAUUCAUAAAGCUAUAUUAGUCUAAAUAAAGGGAUGUAACCUGCUGUGUUGUGAUAAAGAACCUAAGCUUA